AUGGCCUCCUUAGCCCGUUUUCGCGCGUCUCGUCGACUGCCCCAACUAGUUCGCGCCAUCCAGACGUCAGCGGAUACGACCCAGCUGCAAGAAAAGCCAGCGGACCUGUCCCAGCCGCUCACCCUGCGGCUCAGCGAGGACUCGUUCCACACCUUCAACUGCGACAUGCCAGAGCUCGACGUUCAGGUCACCAAAAACCAACUGCUCGACAUGUACAAGAAAAUGACGACAAUGCGGCGCAUGGAGAUGGCCGCCGACGCGCUCUACAAGGCCAAACUCAUCCGUGGGUUCUGUCAUCUGGCCAUUGGGCAGGAAGCCGUGUCUGUUGGGCUCGAAGAGGGUAUCACCUCUGAAGACCGUGUCAUCACUUCCUACCGAUGCCAUCCUCUAGCCGUUCUGCGUGGUGGAACGAUAAAGGGUGUCAUUGCUGAACUGCUUGGCCGUCAGGCUGGUAUGUCGCACGGAAAGGGCGGCUCCAUGCAUAUCUUCACUCCUUCCUUCUUCGGCGGUAACGGUAUCGUCGGCGCGCAAGUGCCUCUUGGUGCUGGUAUUGCUUUCACGCAAAAGUACCUUGGCAGCGACAGCGCCACAUUUGCCCUAUAUGGUGAUGGCGCAAGCAACCAGGGUCAGGUCUUUGAAGCCUUCAAUAUGGCCAAGCUGUGGGACCUCCCAUGCGUGUUUGUAUGUGAAAACAACAAAUAUGGAAUGGGCACGUCUGCCGAGCGUUCCUCAUCCAACACCGCCUAUUACACUCGUGGCGACAAAAUUCCCGGCUUGCAAGUCAACGGAAUGGACAUCGUCGCCACCCUCCAAGCUGUCCGUUACGCUCGUGACUGGACCGUGAAGGAGAAGAAGGGCCCGCUGCUGCUCGAGUUCGUCACCUACCGCUAUGGUGGUCACUCCAUGUCUGACCCCGGCACCACCUACCGCACCCGCGAGGAAGUCCAGCGCAUGCGUAGCACCCAGGACCCCAUCCGCGGCCUGCAACGCUACAUUGAGGAGUGGGGCCUGGCCACCGAGCAGGAGCUCAAGCAAUUGGACAAGGAGGCCAAGGCCGCUGUCGACGAGGCUGUUGAGGAGGCGAAGAAAUCGCCUGAGCCUCUCGUCGAAGAUCUCUGGACGGACAUUUACUACAAGGGCACUGAGCCGCCGUUCAUGCGUGGAAGGGAGCGUGAGGAGGUUCACCACUAUUAA